AUGGACACUACCAGGAACAAGCAUCCGCUCAGUAUACCAGAGAUAGUCCUCACCAUCGGCAAACUCAUCCCCCUCUGGGUUCAAGCACACUACAAAGGCGAAACAGUCUGGUACUUUCGACCAAAGGACCUCGUCGCCGCCUCUGCCGUCAACAGCCUCUUCCACACCCUCUUCACCCCAAUCCUCAGGACCGUCUUUGCCUACCCCGCCGACAACUCCCUCAAGAAAAAUGUCGAGUCGCCAGAGUCAUGUGAGGCUGUAAUCGACGGCGUUCCUGCCGCGGCUAUAUAUUGUAUCAUGAAAUCUAGCGUUGUAUUCAUUGAUAGUGACAGUAACAAAGACCAAAAGCCAAGCUGUUAG